AUGAUUCAUUCUCGCUACCUUGCGGUGGCUUUCGGUAGCCUCGUUGCCACCGCUGCACUAAUCCCCACGAAGGCGUCUCAGCAGCCCGCCAUUGCUGCAGCCGAUGUGAUUAUCCCUACUGCAGAUCUCUCUCCGGCCAAGACGGUCCGACGCUACUCCAAGGAUGAUGAAGAGACAGCCCUCGAAGACUUGGCCCUGAACACCUUCAUGGUGACCUCUAAAGAGCCGCUCGAGGCCCAGGAGAUUUACAGCGAGUUUGCCCUCUUCCAGAAGCUGGCGGAAUGCAUCACGAGAAAAGGCGCCGACCCUACCCCGAUCGAAGGCCAAUCGCUCAUCGGCAAUACUACCCUCGAGGAAGUAAGAUACUCUCAGUGCAACGUCGCUCUUUCUGAAUGCGCCAAAAUCGCUAUGGUCGAGGGCGACAAAAACUUGAUCGGAUGGCCUGCUUUCGACGACGAGGAGAGGCCUGUCCUUAGAACGCAUUCGCUCAACCUCUGCGUCGGCACCUGUCGUCGAAUCGCUGCUUUGGAUAACCGUCUGGUUUCCGAAAAGUCCGGAAUGACCAAAGAGCAAUUUCGUGCGCUAGCGACGAUUGCAAACUGCAACGUCAAACUCGUCAAAUGUCUUGAAACUUGCUCGACGAAGUACAUGGAGGUUAUGUUCGAUUGGGACGCGCGAAACCCCUAG